AUGAAAGUUCGAAACAAAACGAGAUGGGUCCAACACAAGCAAGGAUAUCACAUUGUAUUCGUAACAGGAAAAUCGGAUUCUCGGUGCAAUCAGCAGAUUCAUCAAGAAAACAUGCAAUUCCACGAUGUUUUGCAGUUCGACCAUAUCGAUUCUUACCACAACCUCACUCUUUCUGUACUUUAUUCCCUUCAUUUCCUUCAUAAUCUAAGUCUCCCCGUCCAGUAUAUACUCAAAACAGACUCGGAUUGUGUGGUGAAUUAUCCACUCCUUCAUAAGCUUCUGGAUCAGAUUCCUCCUUCCUCUGCGUCGAGAGACAGGGUUUACAUGGGAGCUUGCAGGCGAAACACCAAAUAUAAUGUGUACGACGCAUCGAAGAAGAAUUUUAUCCCCAUCUCACUCACUCAAAAUGAAUUGUGGUACUCCUAUUAUGUCACAGGCGGAGGCUACGUGCUUUCCUACUCUCUUCUACCAGAGCUCUUGGUCGGAGCAAGUCAUCUGAAGUUCAUUGGGCACUUUGAAGAUGUGAAUGUGGGGCGAGCACUGGAGCUGGUGGGAGUGAAGUGUAUCGAUCGCUCGAGUGUUUGGAUUCAUAGGCAUGGGUGCCCAGAUAAGCAGUCCUGUCUGAAGGCUGUGGUGAUGCACCCGAAGCAUGAUAAGGACGAAAUUGACAGGUUUUACUCAUAUUUAGCGUCGGUUGUUUGUUACCAACACAAUAGCAAUCGAUUUUCAUGCAUUUCAACACGGUGGCCUUUUCGACUUCGUUACCCCUUUUUUUAA